AUGGAAAACCCUCAUGCAGAGCAGCAGGCAGUUCUCCUUGAACGUAUUUUAAAAAAUUCGUCUAAAUGCACAGAAACAAUAUCCGAACUCAAUCGGUGUCUAGAGCAAAUUCUUCGCGCUAACGCGUCAGUCAAGAUCGCGGCAGAUUUGACGACUAAAUACAGGAAGAACGUGCAGUAUAAUCUGGAGGCUACGAGAGGCAGGGAGUGA